AGAUCUGUGGGUAAUUUAGCAGCACCAGCAGCAAAUGCAGCCGGUGGCCACUAGAGGCAGCCGAGCGUCGAAGCACCAUCCUGUAGGUAAGCAGAGACGUUUUUGACGUAAGGAAGGAAGGAAGGAGUAGCCUCUCUCCAAGAUGGCGACGACCAUAGACAACAGCAAUGCCGUUCAGGCGACUAAGAGAAAGCACCUCGGAAUCCCCGAAGCCGUGUUUGUGGAGGAUGUCGACUCAUUUAUGAAGCAGCCGGGGAAUGAGACGGCAGAUUCGGCACUAAGGAAGCAGGAUGAACAGUACCAGAAAUAUAAAUACAUGGAGCUCAACCUGUCUCAGAAGAAGCUCAGGUUGAAAAGCCAGAUCCCACAAAUCACACAGACGCUAGAAAUCCUGCGACACAUGCAGAAGAAAAAGGAGACCACAGCGCCCAUGGAGACGCACUUCCUGUUGGCUGACAAUGUUUACUGCAAGGCCUCAGUGCCGCCCACCGACAAAGUCUGCCUAUGGUUAGGGGCUAACGUCAUGUUAGAGUACGACAUUGAUGAUGCCCAGGCUCUCCUAGAGAAAAACCUAUCCACAGCAUCUCGUAACCUAGAGACACUCGAGGAUGAUCUGGAUUUCCUGCGAGACCAGUUCACUACCACCGAAGUCAACAUGGCACGAGUCUACAACUGGGACGUGAAGAGGAGGAGCAAAGAAAACCUCCUGAAAUCAGCAGAAAAGUCUUAAUAUCGACAGGACAGCAUCCAUCUCCCCCAUGUGCUAACUAUCUUCUCCUUCAGUCAAGAAAAAAACAAACAAAUCCCCCCCCAAUUCAUGUCUAUGUUGACCCCAGGGCUCUGCACAUAAGAGGGCACAUUUGAAAUAUUUUUAAAAGUUGUAGUGUGCGUGAUUUAAGUCAUUGUGAUCAUUAAAAUCAAGCACACUUGAUAUAACUUUAUUUUGAAUAUGCCCUCUGUUAAGUCAGGCCAAACCUCUACCACUACUGUUUUCUGUUGAUUUGUUACUUUUAAAGUAUUUUUUCAAGUAAAAACUAACAAAAAAAACAAAGGCAACCAGGCACUUUUUGUAUUCUUUUUAAUGAUUUGAGUAUGUUCCUGUUAUCUUUGUCAGGUUUAUGCAGAAAGAGGGUUCCUCGCAUUGUCUUUUCUUUCCCUGCAUUUUCCCCUCCUUACUGACCUGCACUUCUUCAACCUGCAACAGCGUUCACAUAUGGGACUUCUUACUUGAGUUGUUAGUCUUUGAAACACAUCCAGUUGCCAUUAUACUCCGUAGAAUCAGACCCGUAGGAUCACAAAGAUCACAACAGAAGAAGAAUACAACUUGUUGUGCCUUGUGGCUCCAGUUCUUACUUCAGAGGGAUCAACUCCACACCUGCUGCUGCUCUGUCCCUUAACUUUUCCACACUCAAACCAUCUCGUCCUCGUCCAUCCUCUCCUCUUAGCCGCUGUUCAUUCUGUAUUUAUUUGUCUCUCACUGUGUUCAUUAAACAAUGAAUGAAGUAAAAGAACAUUUGGGCAAAGAGACAAGACCUCGACCUGCUCUGUGUUUUUAUUCUUCUGAGGAGAAGACGUAACAGGUUACCUGGAGUAAAGAACAAACGUUACAUAAGUGCAACAUUUUUAUUAUAGUAAGUGCAGUUGAAGGAGGACAGCAUGGAGGGCCACAAGUGUCACGCACAUAAGUAUCAAGCAUCAAUUGGAAAUAAAAACAGAACUUAAAAUAAAGUUUUAUGAAUGAAUAACGCCGUAAAUUGAAUAAAUUCGUGUGGAUUUAUUUUUAUUUUACCUAUAAUUGGAUGGAUUUACAAUCAUUUGUGUGAGCUUAUAUUCAUUUCUUAUAUACAAAUUUUUUAUUGACUUCAAUUCAUGAUUUAUAAUUAGUUUUUCAUUUGACACUUGUUUUUUUUCCUGUUAUACAGUUAAAAGAUACUCUCGGUUCAUCCCUCGUGUUCUUCCUCCUGGAGCUUUGUCCACGUUUCCCUCUCCACCUGAAUGCUCCCUUUCCCUUCAUCCAUCUUGUACUCUUCCAUCUUUUAACUUUGAAUAAGAAACCUACGUGAGCAUGCUGUUAGAGGAAACAUUGCAAGGCAGUUUAGCCUUGCAAUGGAAAGUAUAUGUGCGGAAAGCUUCUUCUAAUGUCCUCGGUGCUCCCACCCAGUGGUAAUGUGUGAAACUGCAGUACAACAAAAUACAUAAAAAAGCCGUUUGGCAUGGUGUG